AUGCAGGUCGAGCCAGCACGAGCAGGCCUAGCCGCAUCCAACCAGUCCACAUCACCCUACCUCGCAGCAGCACCCGCAGGCCUCUUUGCGUCGUCGUCGCAGCCCACCGCCGCCUUUGAUCCGGCAUCGCAGCCCGACGCUCAGCAUCUGCAGCUUCAGCACCACCAACACCAGCAAGGCUUUAUCGCUGCAGACGCCUUCCAGCACUCGGUCGCACGCAGCUUCUCGCCAGCGGUGCAAGACCCCUCGACUUCGACGCACGACAGCGCUGUCUACCGCGUGCCUGCACUCGCCCGCUCGGCCUCCGUCGACUACACCUAUAACUACCAGCAGCUACCUCCCCAUAUCCACGCACACCAACAGCAUCCACAGCAACAGCAGCAGCAGCACGCGCCGCCACCGCACUCGGUGCCCUACCAUACGCACGUCUACGCGUCCACCUCGUACGCGUCGCUCACCGGCUCUGCACCAGCACCCGCUCCGUUUGGCCAGGACCUCACCGCGCUCCCCUACACGCACUCUCCCGACCUUGCCAUGCUGCCCAGCAACAUCGGCAUGCCCAUGAUGCGAUACGGCUCGUUCGGGCUGCCCGUCGACGACAUGGCGCGUGCCGGCUCGUCGAGCGGCGGCACGCCGGGACCCAUGACGCAGCAGGACAUCGACAAUCUGCUCGCCAUGUCGCGCGCCCAGGCGGGCAACAACGGCGACGCCAGCGCCUUCCCAUGCACGUACUGCGACAAGGUCUACACGGGCAAGCACGCGCGCAGCAUCUGGCGACGCCAUCUGCAGGACAAGCACAACAUCCCGCUCAGCGCACAGCCGCGCCGCACGCGCUGGGACGGCGACGCCAACCGCCCCAAGAACGCAGAGGAGCGCCGCGCGCGCAUGCUCGAGAGCAAGCGCCGGUGGGCGCGCAAGAAGCGUCUCCAGGAGAAGCAGGCUGCGCAGGGCGGCAAGUCUGGCGCGAGCAAUACGCCCAAUCCCGACGACUCGGAUGCCGAUGACGCUGACGACGCCGACGACGGUAUGGACGCCGACGUGUCCAACAUGUCGAUGAGUUUUGCCGCUAACGACGCCGACGAGAGCUUAUCGGCGCCGCCAGACGCGCAGCUGUUUGCGAGCCACGAGCCGCUCGGUCGGCCUGCCAAGCGGCAGGCGCUGGCGUCCUCGACUGCGCACAAUGUCGCCGGUCCCAGUGCGGGCGGCGCGCCGCACGCGGGCCAGUUGCUGGCGGGGCCGUUUGGCGCACACGAGCUGCCGGCGGGCAGCGGCAUGUAUUCGCACUCGCCGCUGCGACGCACGGGUCCCAGUCUUGGCCUGCCCACGGCGCAGCAUGUCCUGCCCGCCAUGCCUGCAGCGGCGGGCCCCAACGACAGCUUGAGCUCCAACAGCAGCGACUACUCGCAGCCCAACUCGGCGAGCUUCUUCAACGACAGCUUUGGCGGCAGCGCGAGCAACGCGGGCAGCGACGGUGCCAGCACCUCCAUCGACACGCCCGCCACCACGUGGCCUGCUCUGCCGGCGCUUCCGGCGGUGGAGGGCGAGAAGCUCGUGGGUGGGGCAAAGCCCAAGAUGCAGAAGGGCGAGACGCGCGAUGCGGCGAUCCAGCUGCUGGCGCUGCGUUCUGGCACCAACUCGCCCACGGACGAGCGCGAGGUGAGUCUGCGGCGCCGCGAUGACGAGGCGUGGAGCGAGACGCCGAGUCGCGCAAAGGUGUCGGAGCACGAGGCGCUUACGGCGCUGUCGGCGGGCCGGGUCGAUGAGGCGGCGAGUCCGUCGCCUGUUUCGCGCACGCUGCCGCAGCGAGGCAUGCCGGUGACGACACCUGGACCUGCGGCGAGGACGGGUGAGAAUCCGUUCAGUCUGGACAAGCACAAGAUCUCGCCGUAUCGCAGGCUGAGCUACUCGGCUGCCCCGCGUUCGCCCGUAGCGUCGCCUACGCAUCUCACCUUUGGUGCGCCCACUGCCAAGACUAGCGCGGGUGCGGUGGUGGGGGUCAAGUUGCCGCCACUGGUGAGUACGCCCGUUCGCCAGCCGGCGGAUGAGGAGCGUACGCGGCUCGAGGCGCUCCCACCGCUGCUGGGGGCAACGCCGUUUUCGGGCCUGGGAUACUCGGCGCGUCGUCGGGCUGUGGGUCGACCAUCGCCCUCGCGCCACGACGACCAAUUCAGCUCGCCACAGCAUCUAAACCUCACGGAGAGUCUGGGCCUGGCGCCGCAUUCGAUCUCGCGCACCUCUUCGUUCGCCUCGGCCUAUGCUGGGUCGCUUGGACUCACGCCAAGUGUUGCGCACAUGGCUGGGCUGGGUAGCACACCUUUCCACUCUGGACUUGGCGGGCUGGCGGGCUUGGGGGGCUUUACACCCAUGUCGGCCAAGUUUUGGCCCGAGUCGUCGAGGAAGUCGGCACAUAGGGCGGCACUGGGUAGGGCGAGUGUAAGGCCCAAGGAGGCGGAUAUUUUCGAUGCAGGGUUCAAGGGCAAGGAUGCGGCGCCCAGUAGCGACUCGUUUGAUGAGGACGAUGCGUUGGGGCCCGGUGCGAUCGAUACGCCGUCCAAGCCGGCGGCGGCGAGGAUGAUGCCCAAGCAGAGGAAGAGGAAGGACGAGGCUAGGUCCCCGCUUAAGGCUAUCAGGCUCAACUGA